UGUGGGAGGAGUCUUGUAACAGCGCGUCAGUGUGUGUGUGCGUGCGUGUACCGGUGCGUAAGGAGAGCACUUGGGCGGAGAGGGACGCAAGCAUCGCGCCUGAGAGUUCAUCGCAAUCUGAAGCUUUACAUUACGUGUACGUACUCCGCACAACUCACUCCAGUGUACAGGCUCGCGCAAACUUUCCCCACGUUGAGAAUGGCAGAGCAAUCGAACAGCGAUGGAGAGGAGAGCAGCGCACCCAUGAGGGGCUUUGCCCGACAAGGUGCUCUGAGACAGAAGAACGUUCACGAAGUUAAGAACCACAAGUUUAUCGCUCGCUUCUUCAAGCAGCCUACUUUCUGCAGCCACUGCACGGACUUUAUCUGGGGUUUUGGGAAACAAGGAUUUCAGUGUCAAGUCUGCUGCUUUGUGGUGCACAAGCGUUGCCAUGAAUUCGUCACCUUCUCCUGCCCCGGAGCAGAUAAGGGUCCUGCAUCAGACGACCCGCGCAGUAAGCACAAGUUCAAGGUCCACACGUACUCCAGCCCCACCUUCUGUGACCACUGCGGCUCUCUGCUGUAUGGACUCAUCCACCAGGGCAUGAGAUGUGACCACUGCAUGAUGAACAUCCAUAAGCGCUGUGUGGCCAAUGUGCCGAGUCUGUGUGGGACUGACCACACUGAGAGGAGGGGCCGCAUCCAAAUCACUGCAGAGAUCAAGAACAAUGUGCUCACCGUCAGCAUUAAAGAGGCGAAGAACCUGGUGCCCAUGGACCCCAAUGGACUCUCUGACCCCUACGUCAAACUAAAACUCAUCCCUGACCCCAAGAGCGAAAGCAAACAGAAGACCAAGACCAUCAAGUGCUGCCUGAAUCCCACGUGGAACGAGACCUUCACAUUUAAUCUGAAAGAGUCUGACAAGGACCGCAGGCUGUCUGUGGAGAUCUGGGACUGGGACUUGACCAGCCGGAAUGACUUUAUGGGCUCUCUGUCUUUCGGCAUCUCGGAGCUUCAGAAGCAAGGGGUGGACGGAUGGUUUAAGCUGCUCAGUCAGGAAGAAGGCGAGUACUUCAACGUACCUGUCCCAGCUGAAGGAGAAGAAGGCAAUGAGGAAUUCCGGCAGAAGUUUGAGAGAGCUAAAAUUGGUCCCAGCAAAACAGACGGCUCUUCCUCUAACGCCAUCUCCAAAUUCGACAGCAAUGGCAACAGGGACCGCAUGAAGCUGUCCGACUUCAAUUUCCUCAUGGUGUUGGGCAAGGGUAGCUUUGGAAAGGUGAUGUUGGCCGAGAGAAAGGGAGGUGAUGAGCUGUUUGCCAUAAAGAUCCUGAAGAAGGACGUGGUGAUCCAAGAUGAUGAUGUAGAAUGCACUAUGGUGGAGAAGAGAGUGUUGGCCUUGGCAGGAAAACCACCCUUCCUCACUCAACUGCACUCCUGCUUUCAGACCAUGGACCGCCUGUACUUUGUCAUGGAAUACAUCAGUGGUGGGGAUCUCAUGUAUCAUAUCCAGCAGGUCGGCAAGUUUAAGGAACCCCACGCUGUGUUUUAUGCUGCAGAAAUCGCCAUAGGUCUGUUCUUCCUGCAUGUGAAGGGGGUUAUAUACAGAGAUCUAAAGUUGGAUAAUGUCAUGUUGGACAUGGAGGGUCAUAUCAAAAUUGCUGACUUUGGAAUGUGCAAGGAGAACAUGCUUGAUGGAGUCACCACCAAGACCUUUUGUGGGACCCCUGACUACAUCGCCCCUGAGAUCAUCGCUUACCAGCCUUAUGGAAAGUCAGUGGACUGGUGGGCGUUCGGAGUUCUGCUUUAUGAGAUGCUGGCUGGGCAGCCCCCAUUUGAUGGUGAGGAUGAGGAUGAGCUGUUUCAGUCCAUCAUGGAGCAUCAUGUGUCCUAUCCCAAAUCCAUGUCCAAAGAAGCUGUGGCCAUCUGCAAAGGGCUGAUGACCAAACACCCAGGCAAGCGUCUGGGCUGUGGUCCUGAGGGUGAGCGGGACAUCAGGGAACAUGGCUUUUUCCGUUACAUGGAUUGGGAAAAGUUGGAGAACAAGGAAGUUCAGCCACCGUUUAAACCAAAAGCCCGAAACAGCCGAGAUACUUGCAACUUUGACCGGGAGUUCACAAAAAUGGCCAUCGAGCUCACGCCCACCGACAAGCUGUUUAUCAUGAAUCUGGACCAGGACGAGUUCCUGGGGUUCUCCUACACCAACCCGGAGUAUGUCAAUCCCGCUCAGGGUUAAUCGAGCGAGCGUCCUAGAGACUGCUGGUCGUGUAUCUCUCUGUCUGCCUGUAUGUGUGUGACAUGUAUGCUCAGGGUUCGUGGAAGCUCACUCGUAUUACUGUAACAGGAUUUACCAAAGGGCUCAGGUGGACCACCUCAGUAUAUAGCUGUGAGGUAUUCGGACAUGUUUCCAAGGGGCCAGAGGUUUCACCCCAAGUCAAAGGUUUCCCUCUUCCUGGCUUUCACACUUUCAGGAGAGCCUGUAACCCCCCAGCUUCACGAGAUUGCGUUCAGUGGUGGGUGUUUAUACGGUGGUAAACGUGGCCUAUGCAACAAACGAGGAACAACCACGACUAACCCCGAGUGAGCAAUUUGAAAAACAACAGUGCUGCCUUCAAUUAUUUAUUAGCGGUUCAUUAUUUUUCCCCCCGUUUGGUCUCUAUUUGAGCUGAGCUAAUGUUUAAUUCACUGGCUUAAACCCAUUAUACCAAAGUAUUAUUACCUCCCACACAUGACUUGAGCCGGCGCUCCUGUGCGAAGUGCUGAAUCCCUGGCAGAAGUGUCCACACUGUUGUGACAUUCAGGGAGAGGGAACAAGGAAGAAAAAAAAAAUGUCAAGAUGGUUGCAAAGUGAAAAUGUCAUUAUCAUUCAUAACGCUGUAUUUCAGGAAGGAUUCAUAUCACUGGGUUCGGGGAGAGUGGAGAUUUGUUAAAGCUACUAGUUCAUAUUUCAGGAUCCUCGAGGAUGAGGAUUAGAAACAGCCGGGUAGAUCAAACGCAGUUGACGCCGUCUUGCAAUACAGAAUUCAAAUAGUACAUAACUGUAUCUAUGCACCUUGUAGAAAACACAAUGUGCCAUUUUCCAAGGGACUUCAGCAUCCCUGCGAUUUCAAAUGCUUAAUUUGCAUGAUUGCAAUAGUUUGUUUAUCCUCUAGGCAUAAUACUUUUGGAUGUAUCUAUCAGUCAGGCGAAAAAGACUCUGGUUUUCAAUCACGGAAAAAUCAUACUCGCAUUUCCGAACGCUUGGUCUAGAUCAGUCUUACAUAGCAAUGUGAUUUGUGUAAAUAAUGUAACUAAGCACUUUCUGAAGAGAAAAAAAAA